AUGCGGCGCGACGACUUCUCAGACUCGGUUUGGCUUUGUUCCGAGGUGCUUUCUGCAAUCGGCUCGAAGCCUCCAGUUCGUGCACCCAAGGCUCCCGUCACCCAUACCGCUCUAACCAAGUUCACCGUCUCCAACGAGAACCCCAAGCGUCAAGAUACCGCCGCGACUGGCACAGGCACCUCUGUUGUCAAGAACACGAGCCUCGACAAACAGGAAGAGGCCGACUUGCAAGUCUCCAGAGCAGCUUCUGAUGCACACCUCAUUAUAUGGAGACAGCAUCGUUACUUCAUUCUGAACAGGUGCAUCGCGUCCGGCGAGGUGUUCUCUGCGAUAUCGCUCAAACUAGCCCUCCAAAAGAAAGCCUUCGAGCACCAAGCGCGACUCGAGAUCAAGGUCCAAGCAGCCCACAGAAUUACGGAGAACAUGGUAGCACAUGAGCACCUACCGAGUACUUGCAACGAGAAGUACAAGAAUACCUAUGUUGGGAUCCACUCCCGUGGCCUCUGGGAGCUCACCUCCACCCAACUUUGGAAGGACCUCGAAGGCGCCACCUGCUGGGAUCAAGCCCGCUGGACACCCGGCGGCCACAUGUACAUCCAUACGGUCGACGGCCUUUCUACCAUCUACAUCGACAUUGGCCGGCGCACCUUUGAUAUCGUGGCGGUAGCGCUACCCAAGCAUAUUCACACUCAGCCCAUAUCAUGCAAGUUGCGCUGUUUCGAAACGAAAUCAGAUGUGUCCGUGAACUUGACAUUCCUGGCCAAAGGAUUUGUGAAGGUACACAUGCCAGCACUUGCGAUUAUCCAACUGGAUAGCGGAUGCAAGAUUCUGCCCCUCAUGGAGACUGUCGUCGAGCUGGUGGGCGCGCAUAUGGAUGGAAGUGACUGA